AUGCGUCGUUUGUUUCAGGAGAGGCUUCUGGCUAGCGCUGCCUUCUUACGGAGCUACACCGAUGCCCGCACGGUCCGCGAACCCUACCCGUACGAUCAGAUCGUCGCCGCUGAAAACCAGGAGUACAUCGAAAAUCUCCUCAAAUUGUACGAGAAGGAUCGCGCGUCGGUGGAUGUGAGUUGGCUUCCGGUGCUGGAGGCGAUUCGCUCCGGGAGCGUGGAGAUGCCGGUGGUGACCGCGUUCAGCCGGCCGAUCGACGUCAAGACACUCUCAGAGAAGCAGCGUCUGGAUAACAUGCGUCUGGCGUGGAUGAUCAAGGAGUACGAGAGCAAGGGGCACCACGUCGCGAAGGUGGACCCCUUCAACGGCGCCUUUACCAGCUCCCGCAGUCUCAACGAUCUCCACCUCGACCCCGCAGCGUUCGGAUUCUCGCAGGAGGAUCUUGAGCAGGUCUUCCACGUCACUUUCGGUAGCAAUCAGAAGGCGACCUUCGUGAGUGGCGGCACCGCCAUGACGCUCGAGCAGAUCGUCAAGCAGCUGCAGCAGAUGUACUGCGGCUCCAUCGGCUUCGACUUCACCUCUUCCGGUCCGACCGCCCUCCGCAACUGGUUUCGACAUGAGAUCUUGGGCAGCCUGAAGGCCUUUUCGCUGGAGGACAAGAAGCGCAUCCUCAGCGAUGUGGUGAAGACGACCAAACUUGAGCGAUUUUUGUACUCGAAGUACCCCAUGCAAACGCGCUUCGGUUUGGAGGGCUCGGAGGCCUUGGUACUCGCCCUGAAGGCCGCGAUCAACGAGGCUAGCAGCAACAGCGUGGAGCACUGUAUCGUUGGGAUGGCGUGGCGUGGACGCCUCAACGUGAUCGCAAACGUCUGCGGAAAACCUCUUAAGGAUCUGUUUUAUGAGUUCAUCAACGAUGCCCCGCCGGAUGGCGCGGACAAGGAUGACAUCUUCCUUAAUUUCGGUUACCGCAACUCCGUGCAUCUGCCGAACGGGAAGCAAAUGGGAAUUGAAGUGAUGCCGACCUCCAUCCAUUCCGAGGCGGCGACCUCACUGGUGCUUGGCAAGACGCACGCGCGGCAGAUGUACACGAGCGAUAUCGGGCAAACGCACACCAUGCCCAUUCUGAUUCACGGCGAUGCCUCUCUGAGCGGCCAGGGUGCCUGUUAUGAGUUGAUGGGAUUGUGCAAUCUAAAGAACUACAAAGUAGGCGGCACCCUCCAUAUUGUCAUCAACAACCAAAUUGGUUUCACAACCGACCCGAGGGAUUCCCGCGGCAGCGCCUACUGUUCGGAUAUCGGUAAGAUAAACCGAUCCCCCAUCAUCCGGGUGAACGGCGACGACGCCGAGGCGUGUGUUCGCGCCGCCCGUAUUGCCACUCGCUUUCGACAGCACUACCAGCGCGAUGUCAUUCUGGAGUUGGUUUGCUACCGCAGUUACGGGCACGACGUGCGCGAUACCCCGGAUUUCACCCACCCAAACAUGUACAGGAUGAUCCAGGAACACCCGCGCCUGAUUGAGAUCUACUCCAAGACCCUCAUUGACGAAAAUCUGAUCACCCCAGAGGAGUUCAACGCGGAGGUCAACGAGUACGAAAAGACGAUGCAGAAUGAGUUCGAGCGCGCGAUCACCGCUCAGGUAUUCCCAAAGACGGUCCUCCUUUUCCAUCCGGAGUCGGAGAACACCUCGGAGGACCUUUCCUCGGAGAAGGUCAAGGCGGCGAAGAGCCUGCUGAAUGCCCCCCCGCCGGCGAUCAUCACCGGGGAGAACGCCGAGCUCCUCAAGACCGUCGGCCUCCACGUCGCGACCAUCCCGAGGGAGAUGAAGAAAGCCCACCCGGUCGUCGAGCGCACCUUCGCGAAUCGCAACAAAGGCAUCCAGAACGGCGACGCCAUUGAAUGGUGCCAGGCGGAGCUGAUGGCGCUGGGGACCUUAUCGUUAAAGGGCAUCCAUGUCCGAUUCACCGGCGAGGACGUCGAGCGGGGCACCUUCACGCAGCGCCACGCCACCAUCACGGAUAUGCUGACGAAUAUGAAAUACACCCCGGUCGCGACCCUUUCGCCCGAUCAGGCGCCUUUUGUGAUCAGCAACAGCUCCCUUUCCGAGCUCGGCGUCUGCGGUUUCGAGCUCGGCUACAACCUGGAGAACCCGAAGAGCGUCGUGAUCUGGGAGGCGCAGUUCGGGGACUUCGCGAACGGCGCCCAGGUGAUCUUCGACCACGUCCUCAGCGUCGUGGAGCAGCGGUGGGGGAUGCGCUCGAGCCUCGUCCUCUCGUUGCCGCAUGGCUACUCCGGGGCGGGGCCGGAGCACAGCUCCGCGCGCAUCGAGCGCUACCUCCAACUCAGCGACGACGUCGACGCCCUCCCGAACACCUUCCGGAAGCUCCCGAGCGACCAGAUGCUGGAGGCGCGUAUUCGCGAUCGGAACUGGCAGGUCUGCUACCCGAGCACCCCGGCGAGCUACUUCCACAUGCUCCGCCGCCAGGGGCUGCGCGACUUCGCGAAGCCGCUCGUCUUCUUCUUCUCCAAGGCCCGUCUCCGCGCGCCGAAUCUCUCGCGGCUGGAGGAUCUCGCGGGGGAUACCACCUUCCGCGCGGUGCUCGACACCGGCGCCGCGAAGACGAAGCCGCGCAAGCUGCUCUUCUGCUCCGGGCAGAUCGAGAGCAUCGUCGCGGAGGCCCGCGCGGCGAUCCAGGCGAAGGAGCCCCACAAACACGACGACCUCAUCCUCAUCACUCUCGAGCAGCUCGCGCCCUUCCCGUGGGAGCAGGUGGCGGAUGUGAUCGAGAAGUAUGUGGCGCUGAACCCUGAGGUGGAGUUGGUGUGGCUGCAAGAGGAGCCGAAGAAUAUGGGGAUGUGGUCCUUCAUGCGGCCGCGGAUGAACUCCCUUAUGCGGCACCUCGGUGUCCGACAGCCGCGGAUUACGUACAUCGGGCGAGAAAACUCGGCCUCGCCGGCCACCGGCUACGGCUCCAUCCACGUCGAGGAGGAGCGCCAGAUCAUCCAUGAAUGCUUCGCCUAG